AUGGCCCGUAAAAAGCUAAAAAUACGAUCAUUCUGGUCAGUGUCACCGUCGCCAAUUACACUGUCCAACAACAGAGUAAGCAAGUCGAUCAUCAAGGAGGGCUCCAGCCAAUACAUUAGAAGUGGCAGCACUAUCACAUUGAGUUGCGUUAUUCUAGAAAGCCCUGUUCCUCCAGAUUAUGUCUUCUGGUACCACAAUGGUCACGUGAUUAACUAUGACACUCGAGAAGGCAUUGAAGUGAAAACAGAGAAAACUUCACAGACGACAAGCACACUACAUAUAAGUAAAGCUCGUCCGAGUGAUUCAGGAAAUUAUUCAUGUGUCCCGUCAAACGCAGAUCCAGCAGAAAUUGGGGUCCAUGUCUUAAAUGGAGAAAAUCCAGCAGCAAUGCAGGAUGGAAAGCGUACUUCAUCGGCAAUGAAACUGCUCCCAUCUUGUGUACUCAUUCCAGUAUUAUUAUUAUAUAGUUCUGUCAUUCUAAUAGAACGGUAACAUUAAGUAUGUAGUUCCAUAAAGACGAGAUUAAAGUGUGUGAGCCUAUGGCCUAAAAAGGAAAUUGAAUGUUACAGUAAGAUCACAAAUAAUCUGGCUUCAGUGACGUCAGGAAUGGAACAAUCUAUUACCAACUCCGUCAUUUUUUCAGCAACAAACGCUUUAUCCCAUGUCCAAUACAACAUAUAUUUUAACACCUUUCUCGUAUAUAGACACUGUUACAAAAAGUACUCCAGUGCAGUUCUGGCUCUCUACGAUCUGCAUGAAAACUUUACAAUGAUUCUUUAUUACCAUCCAAUUAGAAUAAGUUUAUGAAAAAUAAAACAAGGUUUAUUUCGAAAAGCAAAUAUUUUAGAAUUAUUAGUCUGUUUUAGCGUGUCAUAAAGACAAACGAUUGUUUUGAGAGAGAGUGACCAGAAUACUUAUCGAACGUUCUAUAGUUUUUUGAGGGUGCACGAACUGCUGGACGUAAAUCGCUUGAGGUGUUACAUUAAGUUUUAGAUUUUUCUCAUUUUGGUUUCGAAACUUUGCUGAAUAUCUAGAGCGUUCUGUUUUGCAUUCCUCAUUUCUGUCUGUAGAAAUGUUUAGCAUCUACAACAUAAUGAUUGUUUCUUCAGUGACUCAUUUUAACAGUAACUUUUAAGAUGUGAGUUAACUGGAAUUUUUGAACACGAGACACCCCGAUAAGAAACACCGAGAUCGAAUCAAUACUCGACCCACACCUCUUGUGAUAUUAUUGGUAUCUUUUCAAAUUUUACUAUUUAUGUUAUAUGAUAUUAUUGGUAUGUUUUCAAGUUUUUCUGUUUAUGUUAACGUAUUAUUUCUUAUAUUGCUUUACUGAAGUUCAACGCUGUUCACAAAAUCUUGGUUGUACAUUCUACAAGUUAAACCUUUUACUGUAUUCUGUGUAUUUAUUGUACAAUACUAACAUAUUAUAGGAUAUAGGCUGUGUUAACAUGAAUCUAAGGUAACUCUCCAAACAAACACUGUAUGUAUUUCCCAUUUUAUCGUAAAUAAAAUAUUACAAACCUUUUGUGUAAAACAUGA